UUUGAUAAUUUCUUUCAACAGUGGGUAUUACGCAUCAUUUCUGUGAAUUUAAAGAACCACAUCUUUGUGAUUAUAACGUGGAUUGUCCAGAGAAUACUGAAUAUACAUGGCAGCAAGAAUCCUACAGGAGUACGUCUUAUAUGACUCAUUUCUUACCCAGACCAGAUAACAGCAAAUAUUAUUAUUCAGUAUAUUAUAUGUACACAGACUCUUCAAAGGGCCAACCUGGACACACGUCAAAAUUUGUAUUUCCAAAUAUUCGAGCUCCUGCAGGCAAAAGUCUCUACUUUACAUAUUAUAUCACAAAAAACAAUGGAAAACUUCAGCUUCAAUCAAAGGAUUCGCAUGGAAAUAACAUGGAGUUGUUUGAAGAAUCUGGUGAAAUUGAGAGCAGAAACUGGAAUUUUGCUUGUGUUAAUGUACACAACUACAGCAGAAAGUAUACUUAUGAAUUUAUUGCUACACGUGGGUUUGGAGUUAAUGGCCAUAUUGCCCUGCUUAAUGUUGGUUUCAAAGACGAAUAUUGUCAAGCCAGAAGCAUUUCCUGUAACUUCUCAAACCCAAUGAUAUGCCAGUAUUACAAUUUUAUGUACAGUAAAUGGGAAAGAGUACAAUCAGGAAAUGUAAGCGGAUCAAUAAAUGAUGUGUACAUGCAAGCUUCUCCUACAUACAAUACUCAUGGUUUGGCAUCUCCGACUGAAAACAUUACCAAUAGUUGUGUGCAAAUAAGAUACAAGAUAAUCGGUAGUUGUAACCUGACCAUUUAUAAUGCAUUUAGCAAGAAAUCACUUUUCAGUGUGGUGAGUCACGGUACAACCCCAUGGCUAAUAUAUCAAGUAUAUAUUGAGAAAAAGAUGCCUACCAAAUUUAUUUUCCUGACACAAAUGGUAUACAAUAUCUAUUACAAAGCUUUUGGUUGUUCAGUUUUGCUUGAUUAUAUCAACGUCACGAAAAAUAAAUGUCCAAGUUUAGUCUGUCCACCGGGAACAAUCAAAUGUAAGAAUGAAUAUUGUUUCAAUGCAUCUAAAGUAUGUGACAGAGUCAGGGAUUGCAGUGACGGUAGCGAUGAAAAUAAUUGCUCUGAAUAUUCCAUUUCCUGUAAUUUCACAUCACCUUACAACUGCGGUUAUAAACUCGUGCACGGGUUUAUCCAUGUACCUGAACAAGUACAAAAGGAACUGGCAUUACGUUACCUUCCUGGCAAGUAUUGAAAUUCCUUAAGUCUC